AACCGUGGAGAAAGCACCCCUUCCUUGGGGAGGGGGAGGCAGGGAGACAAGCUAGGAGCCUCUGGGAACACCCUCUCAAGGCACAACUCCUGGUGCCCCUCCCUUCCUUUUCCCUGACCUGAGAGGAAGCUGCAGCUCAACCUGCUCUGACCUCCAAGAAAGAGGUAACCAGGAGGGGCUCCCCUUCUGAGUCCAGGAAGGUCUCAAGAGGAAACUGCAAUGCUUGAAGAGAGACUUGGGAGAGGGGGGCUGGCAGAAGUGGAGGUCAAUCGUCUGGGUGGAGGCUCCUGCUCAGGGGCGAGCCUCACCGUGGAAGCGGGCAUCUGAUCUGGCCCCAAAGAACAAGUGCACAAAGUUCUUUAGCUUGGAACCAAAUAAAGUUCUCUUUCGGGUUUUUGACGCUGCUGCCCCUGCUCGCUAGGACUCCAGCCUAUCUGACCAAUCCGGGUUCAGUGGAGUCCCGGCAUUCGUAGACACUCCGCCUUAAAGCCUUUGGGGCCUGUGAAUGCUGAGGGGUGUGUGGGUGUCCUAGUCUGGGGUUGUGCCAGAAUCCAUAAGACAAAGAAGUUCCGUCCCUACCCCACCCCGUGGGCUCCGCUAGUCAGGAGGUUGCCUUGUGCAGGGGCCUCCCAGAGCCUUCCUGCAGGUGACUGCAGCCGCCCGAAAGGCUGGUGCCAGAGACACUGCCAAGCCUCUCGGGCGACGAUGCUCUUUGGCUCCUUCCUCCUCUGCCCGGCCAGCUUCCUCAGGAAGACCCGCAGGAAAUAGGCGGGAGGCGCUUCUGCGCUCAGGGUUGCGGCCGCCCGACUUCUCCCAGCCGGGCCCCCGGGAUGAUGGAGCGCCGCUGGGUUCCUCCGCCGCAGCUGCUGCUGCUGCUGUUGCUGCUCGGCCUGCCGGACUCCGGGCGCGGCACCUCGGAGCUGGAGCUCGGGGGAAGGCACGUGUGCACGACGGAAGAUAGCCUACCGCCCGUCCUCGUCUGCUGCCCGGGAUGGAAGCAAGUGGGGUCCGAGUGCCCCCUGGCCCUCUGCUUGGGCGCCGACGCCUGCCAGGAGCGGGAGAUCUGCGUUCGCCCGGCGGUCUGCCGCUGCCGGCCGGGCUUCUUCGGGGCCAACUGCAGCGCCCGGUGCCCGGAGCAGUUCUGGGGACCAGACUGCAAGCAGAACUGCCACUGCCACCCCCACGGCAGGUGCCAUCCAGCCAACGGAGAGUGCAGCUGCCAUCUGGGCUGCUGCGGUCACUGCAGGAACCGAGAGCCCUGCUCCCCCACAGAGGGGGACUGCCUGGCCUGCGACCCCGGCUGGAAUGGGACCCGUUGCUGGCAGCCGUGCCCUCCGGGGCUGUAUGGAGACAACUGCACCCAGCCAUGCCCCCGUCACUGUCUCCAAGGAGAGACUUGCCUACCGCAGACAGGACAAUGCCAGAACUGCGAGGCAGGAUUCAUGGGGUCGAGGUGUGAGGCCUCCUGUCCCCCUGGCUUCUUCGGAGAAGGCUGCCGGUCCUCUUGCCCUGACUGCUUCUUUGGGAGCUGUGAUCCUGCUUCUGGGACCUGCCUCUGCCAGCCUGGCUACUGGGGCACCAGCUGCAACCAGAGCUGCCCGGAAGCCUUCCAUGGCCCCAACUGCUCUGUGGUCUGUCCCUGUGCAGGGGGACCAUGCCACCCUGUUUCUGGAGACUGCCCAUGGGAAAUCCAAGGCCAGGAGGCCCUCCUUGCAGGCAUUCUGGGCCCCCUCCUGCUCCUGCUGGGGCUCUGCUGCUGCUGCUGCUGCUGCCACCACCGCUGCCGUGGGGCAGCCUCUCUGGUCAGGGCACCAGGGGCUGAGCGGGAUCUCUUCCCUCCAGCGAAACACCACCUGAUAGCUGGGUUGCCCGGCCUCCCUUCCAGCUUGCCCUGCUUCUCACCAGGGGGCUCAAAGCUUCCACGGGUGACAGUCGCCCACCGAGACCUGGAGGUCCCCUUCAGCCCCAGUUUCAUCGAACCAACAUCCACUGCCUGGCCCUCGGACAGCUCCUUUGGCUCUUCUGAGGGAGUCAACGAAGAAAUGGGGGGCUGCCAAGGGUCUCAGUCUGCUCUCCCUCCCAGUGAAGCCUUACCAGAAGGCAGCAUUCUCCUCGGGGCAGCAGCGUUGCACUCCUCGCCCUUCGCCAUCCCUCGCACCUCCAGCAUCGCCAAGGGCAAGCGGCCCUCCGUCUCCUUUGCAGAAGGGACCCACUUUGGCCCUCAGAGCCCCAGGGCCCUCCCAGAAGCCCUCAACCCUGCCCGGAAGCCAACAGCCUCUAAGAGCUCAGUCCAAGGACCUCCUCCUCUGCAGCUCCUCCUCAACCGCCCCACAGGGGCCUCAUGGCACUCCUUGGGCAAAAGCUGUUAUGAGAAUGUGGCACCAGCUGCCUGGGAGGACAGUGGCUGGGCCCCUGAAGGUCACCAUCCCGGCAGCUGCAGGAGCUGGGCUGGUGGCUCCCAGCACCUGGUGCAGAGAGCGGAGCACCCGGAGGCAGAUGCUGUGGAAGCUUGCGUCCAUGAGUCCAGCAUCACCACCAUUUACAUGACCGUGGGCCAAGCUGGAAGGUUUAGCAAAGACCCCCCUCUGGCUGUCCAAUGGCAUCAGAGCAGCGGGCAGGAGGAAGCUGCCUGGCCAAGAAGUCUGCAGAAGGUGCCUUGGAAGGCUCUGGAUGCUGCGAAGGGCACCUCAAGGAAGCUGGCCGCAGAGAAACAGCCCAGCACAGCUGAAGCUCAAGGCCUGCUGGCUCCUGACAAGCAGGCGGAGGGUGGAGGGAGCAGGGGCACCCUAGAGCCACGACCCCUCCCUGGAGGGGCACAGCCAGUGAAGCAAACAUGCCCUGCCUCUGAGUUUGCCUGAGGAGCCCAGCUGUGUCCAGCACCCUCCUACAAACAAGUGGGGGAGUGAAGCUUCAAGGGGUCCCGUGUGGGUGAGGCCAAUCCUGCCAUGCCCUAGAAGGGAUUGGGCCCCUAACCUUCAGUCCUUUUGGAGGCUUCCCUUGCCACUGGAAAUGCUGAACCCGGAGCCUGCCUGUGGUUGCCUGAUGCCUCACGGAGCCCUUCUUUGCUCUUCCGCUCAGAAAAGUCUGUGGCAAUAGUCUGGCAUCUGGACAGGUGCUGCUUUGGGUAUCUCUCUGUCGCUGCAUCGCCAUGAUAAGGCAACUGGCCUGGAACUGCAGGCACCUGCCACUCCUGCUACCAACAGUUGGGCUCUUUUUCUUGUGGAUAUCCAGCCUUGUAAGGGUAUGGGGAGCUGCCAGUGGUGACCAGCAGGGAGCAGUCUUGGGCAGAAGCUGUAUCUGUAGAGGCUGAAGGGGCAGUCUUGCCCCUGAAACCUCCCUGGAACCCUUGAGCUUGGCAAGCCGAGACCCAGAAGAACCAGUGACCACCUAAACAAAACAUUCAUCAAAAGGAUGAACAAGAGUUAAGACUGUAUUAACUAUGGACUCAGUCUGAAUUGGGAUUAAAAUGAUUCUAGCUUUAUUAAACCCCAGGUACUUCUUCCUGGCCUGUCCCCUUGUUGGACUGUGGCAGCCAACAGUGGUUUAUGGUUAACUAAACCCUGGUUUAUAGUUUAUGGUUUACUAAACCUUGGAUUACUUAGUGCAGUCUUCUGGGCCCACAUGACACCCUGAACCCCGACUAAAGCAUGCCAGUUACUUCUGCUCAGAGUGCAAACGAAUGUAUCGGGAUGCUCGCCUAGGACCUGCGUUUCAGCCUCUCCUGGCCCUUGUGGGUCAGGAAGGCCCCUGAUUAAAAAGCCAGAUCUGAGCUGUGUUCAGACCAGCCUUUGCACCCAAGCCUGCGCCUCCUCUUUGG